CAUGGAGCUAAGGAUUAUUUGGUUGCAUGUUGUUCUGAUUUGCUCACUGUCAUUAAUGUCAGAAUCAGCCAGGAAUGUUAACAAAGCUUUAAACAUGGUAAGGAACGAGAUGGCAGAUCAUCAAGCUAAUGCAAACAAGAUUAUAGACUUCUUAACAAAAGGACCAGGAAAGUAUCAAGUUUACAAUAGACUUGCAACGUUUGUUGAUACAUUUGGCAGUCGAAUUGCAGGCUCUGCCAAUCUGGAGCAUGCUAUAGAUUACAUGCUUGAUGAACUGAAAGAGGACAAACUUGAUAAUGUACAUGGUGAAGAAGUGAAUGUAACCCACUGGGUGCGUGGUAAGGAAUCAGCCCAAAUGAUUAUGCCCAGGAAUCACUCUAUUGCCCUGCUUGGCCUCGGAGGCAGUGUAAGUACUCUGCCUGAAGGUAUAACUGCAGAAGUUUUGGUUGUGGGCUCAUUUGAUGAACUUCAUGCCAAGGCCUUAGAGGCAAAGGGUAAAAUUGUGGUUUUUAAUGAGAAGUGGAUCAGUUAUGGAAAGACAGUGGCUUAUCGAGUAUAUGGCGCUAUAGAGGUGGCUAAGGUUGGUGGUCUUGCCUCCCUCAUCCGUUCUGUGACUCCAUUUUCUAUUUACAGUCCUCAUACUGGUUGGCAAGUUUAUAAAGAAGGAGUAAAGAAAAUCCCCACAGCCUGUAUUACAAUAGAAGAUGCAGAAAUGAUGGCCAGGAUGGCAGCAAGAGGAACGAAAAUAAUCGUCAACUUGAAAAUGGAAGCCCAAAAUUUGCCGCCUGUAAUUUCUAGGAACACGGUUGCUGAAAUAAAAGGUAGCGUGUAUCCAGAGCAGGUGGUUCUUGUUGGCGGUCACUUAGACAGCUGGGAUGUCGGUCAAGGCGCAAUGGAUGAUGGGGGCGGGGCGUUCAUUUCCUGGCAAGCACUGUCAGUUAUUCGACGAUUAGGUCUCAAACCAAAACGUACAAUGCGCAUGGUGCUAUGGACAGGAGAAGAAGAGAAUAUCCUUGGAGGAAAACAGUAUUAUAACCUUCACAAAAAAAACGCUGGAAAAUUCAGCUUAGUGAUGGAGUCUGAUUAUGGAACCUUUAAGCCUGUAGGAAUAGCCUUUCAAGGCAGUGAAAAAGCAGCAGAUAUUAUGAGGGAGGUAGUGAAGCUUUUGAAACCAAUUAACGCCACCAAUCUCAAAGCUGUUAAUCUCGGUGGGGAUAUCGAUCCUUGGAUCCGACAUAGGGUACCUGGUGGAAGCUUGGACAAUGAAAACAGUAAAUACUUCUUGUUUCACCACACAAAUGGUGACACCAUGACUGUACAAGACCCUGAUGCCAUGGAUUUGUGUGCUGCGGUGUGGACUGUUGUGGCUUACACUGUUGCCGAUCUAGAUGAAAUGCUGCCACGAGAUUAAUGCUAAUAGAGAACUUUUUCCUUGGAUUUCCAACUCAUCCAUUAGUUUCAUAUCUAGCAAUUAGCUCACGAAACAUAACCUCUG